AUGACAGGACUGAUGGAAUACUACAAUGAGCAUAUCAGGGCCCUCCCUGCUGAAGAACGAGACAAAUAUGUCAACGGAUUUCGGAGCCUCCAGGCGGUAUACACGAGCGGUUCAGUGCUUGGUGCCCCCACCAAACGAUUUUUCCAGGAUUUGACGGGCGUAUCAAUUAGGAAUGCGUAUGGGUUGACUGAGAUGGGCGGAGGAGUAAUGGCCACUUCAGCUGGUUCAGACUGUUUGAAGGGAUGUAUUGGUACGCCUUUGCCGGAAAUAACAGUGAAGCUCUCCGGUGGUGACGAAGGCGAAAUUCUCGUCAAAAGUCCAAAUAUGUUCCUCGGCUACGUUGAUGAUGAAACUGCCACUCGCGCCGCCAUUGAUAAUGAAGGGUUUUUCAAGACAGGCGACUACGCUCGCCGUGUUGGGGAUCGUUACUUUCUCGACGGCAGAGUCUCAUGCGAUUGGGUUCGGUUUCAUGACUUUAAGAUCCCGAUCCUCGAGCUUGAACAGUGUUUGAUGGAUCUUCCGUAUGUCUCUGAAGCCCAUGUCCUUCCUGUAUUGGACCACAAAGCCGGUGGCUUGGUUGCCGCGCUCGUUCGACCGCAAAAAUCGGUUAUCGUUGCUGGGAAAGUUCACGAUAUUACCCUUAAACGGAUCCGAGACGAUCUAGCUGCCGCUGAUGUAAUUGCAUAUAAACUACCUACACUUUUACGGAUUCUCAAGCACGGAGAGCAGCUCCCUUUGACCGGGUCUGAUAAAAUAAUAAAAAGGGAAUGUCUCCGGCAAUUCUUCGACAUUUCUGGAUACCUACCAGAGCAGUAUGCGGUAGACGGCGUGGAAUACUGGGGAAACAAUUUUGAUCCGGCUGCUCCCACACGCACAACCGACUGGGGAAUGCUGUAA